GGAGCCCUGCAGGGCAAUAUAUCAACAGGGGAGGUUGCCAUGAAUGUGUGUGCUGAUUACCAUUAAAGCUAUCUACACGAAUCACCAUCAUCAUCUCGGGAUUGGCAACCAGCUGCAAGUCCUCUCAAGCAAAUCAUACGAAGCACAGACAUACAUCCUAUCACGCCGAGGAACCACCCAGGCUAGACGGAUAGCCGAUCGCUUGAAGACUGGGAGAACGUCUGUCUGUCCAGUGCAAGACAUUCAAGAGUCAGGAGUUUAGGCUGGCCAGGAACAAAAAAGCAAGGAGCAGAGCAACGGUCCAAAAUUUGCGAUCGAACAGCGCAACCAAGCAGCUUCAACCUUCGGUGGAUGAAUCAGUCAUAAAAAUGCAACCUAGUAGUACCACCUCACUCAAGCCUGGAGUAGUCCUAGUAGCACCUUCUCCACCUGCCGAUGAGAAUCCGAAGAAGAAUUCUUUCCAGAAAGACGAGGCCGACAAAGAGGAUGAUCAGCAACAGGAUGAACAAGGCAAAAGCCGUCAAAAAUCAACCUAUGGGAAAACCAUGGAUGGCACAGUCUUCAAGAUACCCGAAACGCAUAACAUGAUUUCAUCAUUGUUUGAUCCCAGACUGCCCAAAUCGAGUCUAGAUUUAAUCACCCUAUCAACAUUGAUCGCCCAGACGAUACCCUUGAUGAUCUUUCCAAGGAAGAAACUCAAGACAUUCUACAUGCUCUCAUUCUUAUUCUGGAGAUUAACCUAUAACGUCGGUUUAGGUUGGGUAUUAAAGAAACAAUCUGAGAAUAAAUUCUUAAUCAAGAUCAUCAAGAACUUGAAUCUGUUUAAUUCCAAGUUUAAUCCACGAUUGUCGAACUGGAUCGAGAAACAACUCAAGUCGAAAAUGUCGACGAAUAACUUGAAUUACGAUCUCAAUCAAUAUCCGAUCGAAUUUAACGUGUGGUUACUAUUCAGACAACUAGUCGAUAUCAUCCUCCUGAACGAUUUCUUCUCCUACUUCUGCCUCUCCUACUGUUCCCUCAAUCUUCCAAAUCAGCAGCAAUCACAACAAGACCCCCUACCAAAUCAGUCAAACUUGAGCCUCUUCUUGAUUCGUUGUACCGCUGGGGUCAUACUCGUCGGAUUUAACAUAUGGGUCAAACUGGACGCGCACCGAAUUGUCCAUGAUUUCGCAUGGUAUUGGGGUGAUGCCUUCUUCCUAUCUUUACAGGAGUUGGUUUUUGACGGAGUAUUUGAGAUGGCUCCGCAUCCAAUGUAUUCGAUCGGCUAUGCUGGAUUUUACGGUGCUAGUUUGAUCACCGGUUCUCAAUCCGUAUUUUUUGUGUCUCUAUUCGCCCAUCUCUGCCAAUUCGGUUUCCUGGUUUACUUUGAAAACCCACACAUCCAACGUACCUAUGGUCCUCAAGCUAGGCCACUGACGGCUGCCAGUCCCCGACAUGCACUUCGAUCUCGCUCUCAUCCGCGCAAGAAAAUUCAGCCCUUAAACUUCAAUUCUCCUAACGAAAAUCCCAAAGCUGUUUCGCCUGAUUAUCGAGACACCCAGCAUGAUACGAGCUCGGUUCAUGGAUCAAACACUUUUCAUGAUCCUCCGCAGAACCCCGUCGAUCCUGCCGAAGUUAGGGAAGAAUUAGAGCAUAGACUCUUUAGAAGAAAGGAGAUGAUCUUGAUCGAUAACUUUGACAAGUUUCGAUCGAUCGAUUUUGUCACAGUCUUGGUGAUAGGAUACAACUUUCUCAUCUUAUUUAUAAAGGAGGAAGAUCCGAGUCAUAUCAAAAAGAUCUAUAACAAUAAGGGCCUACUGAUCAGUAGCUUGAAUGCUAUAGCUUGGAGGCUUUGGUUUAGCUUUGGACUGGGCUUUAGAUUAAAACAACAAUCGCAAAAUAAGAUGAUGGUCAAACAUUUCUUAACGAACUAUUAUUAUCCGAUCGGAAAGUUCCGUCACUCUCAACAGAAAAAUGAAGACGAGAUCAACGAUGACGAUCAGAACGAUUUGAUCGACGAGCUGAAAUUCGAGGUGAUCGAAGAAUGCUUCCAGAAUUGGAAGGGAAUCUAUAACUUAUCAUUAAUAAUGACUUAUGUGUCUUUCGCAAUAAUGUCGAUCAAGUUUCACAAGUUAGGAGAUCAAUGGGAGUUAAGCUCUGAAGUCAUCAGAAUUACAUUUGGAUUAUGUUUAGUUGGUAUUCAUGUUUGGACAGCUAUUUCAACAUACGAGGUAUUGGGCAAAUUUGGCUGGUUCUAUGGCGAUUUUUUUGUGGAUGAUUAUCCCAUGGAGUUGACUUACGCGGGGAUUUAUAGAUACUUGAACAAUCCUGAAAGAUCUAUGGGCGGUGCUGGAUUUGUUGGGAUGAGCUUAAUGAGUGGGAAUAAAUUCGUAUUUGCGUUGGCCUUAGGUUCGGUGCUAUGUCAUUGGUGGUUCCUAAGUUUUGUUGAAACUCCUCACAUGAAGAAAGUGUAUGGUGACCGAAUUAGAAAGGAAGCCGGACUGACGAAAGUCCUGAAGCAAAAUGCGCAAAAACUCGCUGCACGUCGAAAGAAAUUAGAUCUGCGCAUAGACCGUGAGAGCUGCAGCAGCAUGGGCGGUGGGAAGAGCGAUGAGAGGGAAGGAAAAGGUUUCGAACGCAGGUUUAAAGAAGUCCAAGGAACUUUCGAGUUUAUUUACGACGAAACCGUCCAAGCCCUUGAUGAGUUCUUGGAGAAAUCUGCUCCCCGACUAUCUGGUGUUGUACGAGAUACUAAGGUACUCUUGCAAAGCUCAGGCGAAAGAUUGAUCCUGACGCGGAUUGCGAACGAUCUAUCUAGUUACGAUACAACUCAAUAUCGUUUGGCCAUACAAGAAUCGAGAUAUCACCGUCCCAGAGAUCCAGCUUCGAACCGAUUAAGAUUCCAUAUGGGUGAGCCGAUCAGGCUACAGUGGAACUCGCCCUGGAAUCAUUCCCGAGCCGACUGGGUAGGAUGCUACCGCCGAGGCUCUAACAAGAGUGGCCUAGUGACCGAGGUCACCAGCUCCGGCCGAUGGUGUGGCUUGUUUAAAGAAGAAUGGGAGGGCGAUAUGCACAUUGGGAAGCGGAGGCAAGAGGGGGACGCGGAGCUUGACGAUGCAGGAAAAGAGCUCAAGCUGGAAAACGAAGCUGCCAAGCCCCGAAAAACUGGGUGGGUUGAGUUCAAGGGUGAAAGAUUGCCUUGGGAGGAGGGGGUCUAUGAGUUCAGAUAUCAUCAUGACGGAAAGUAUAACGUCAUGGCUGUCACUGAACCUUUCGAAAUCUAUGUUGAGAGGAUCGAGCAAGACGUUGGAAACAUGAAAGAGAUCGAAGAUAAACUCAGGAACUUAGUUGGCUAUGGAUUAGGCAUGGAAGCGAACUUGAUCCCGAUGAUCUUGAGGAAAGAGACUGCGAGGAUUCUUAAGGACGAGUUCACGAAACCUAGCCAGAAUGGGAUCCACGCAGCGAACGGGCACCAGCCAGCCACAGAAGGGAAGGUAGGAGAGAAUGGGCUGAGCGAUGAGGGGUCCCAAGAAGAAGAAGACAGAUUCACAGUGAUGAGUUUGGACGAAGCAAAACGGAUCCAACGGUUGAUUGGGAUCGGGAUCGGGAUCGAACUGGGCAUCGAAAUCAUCCUCGAAGAUUGCGAAAUCAAUCGAUUAGCUAAAAGGAUCGUCUUCGUCAAAAGUCUGCUCAAGCCUUUUUUGAAUAAAUGAUCAAAGGACUGAUGUUAUAAGUGUCUGCAAGCUUUUGUCUGCGUAUCAUACAUGAAUUUGUAGUCUAGCUUACUGCCAAUACUUUGUCGGACACUCUCCAGUUUCUGUGCUUUUCUUUUCAUACAUAUCCUUGCUCCUCUUUUUUUUUAUUAUAUACGUUUAUUACCACAAUGCUUUGUUCACACAGAUAAAUAAAUUAUAUACACACAAACACAGAUAGUGAUAUACGUAUGCCGUGCUGAUCCAUUGGAUUAGUACGAGGUUGUCCAGCCUUAUAUAUUGUAGCUGUAUAUACGAGUGUAUUUUGUCUGGAUCAGUGAUCCGACCAGAAAAGAAAACCGUGUUGAUUUUUUCGAGCGGUAGUUGCACG